GGUAUAUAUUUAUCACCAGAAUUAAAAGCAUCAUUAUAUGAACGUUUUAUGUUUUCUUGGGUUAAUCCAUUAAUUAGCAAAGGAUUUCGAAAAACAUUAGAGAAAGAUGACGUUUUCGAAUUACCAUAUUUUCUUAAAGCAAAAUAUGUAGUUAAUUCGUUUCAUAAAACCCAACGACCAUCAUAUUCAUUUCUUAAAUCAUUAUUCUUAGUGUUACGUAAAGAUAUCAUUAUUCAAUUUUUCUAUUCAAUAGCAUGGUCAAUUAUUACAGCAUUGGGACCUCCAUAUGCUCUUAAAAAAAUCCUAUUGUAUGUACAAAAUUAUCCCAAUAAUGAAAUGUCACAAAUGACAGCUUAUAUGUAUGUCUUUGGUUUAUUUUUGGGAGUCGUUAUACCUUCUUUUUGUUUUCAACAAGCUUUAAUUAUUGGAAGACAAAUUGGAGCAAUAAUAAUUGGUGAAAUAUAUCUUAAAUCUUUAUCAAGAAAAGAUACAUCCGGUGUUACUAAUGAUGAAGAAUCCAAGAAUAAAACCGGAAAAAUUACAAAUCUUAUGGCAGUGGAUACAACCAAAAUUUCCGAAAUAUCAGCAUAUAUUUUUUAUAUUUAUAGUUUUCCUAUACAGAUCAUUCUUUCAAUCAUAUUUUUAUAUGAUUUACUUGGAAUUUCCGCACUUGCUGGAGUAUUAACAAUCAUUAUAACUUAUCCUCUACCCGCUUUGAUUAAUCAACGUUUUGCAACUAUUCAGAAACGACUUAUGGAAGCAACUGAUAAACGUAUGAGUUUACUUCAAGCCAUUCGAAUCAUAAAAUUCUUUGCAUGGGAAAAUCAAUUUCGGACUAAAGUAAAUACUGCAAGAGAGAAUGAAUUAAAAGAACUUAAAAAUCGAUUAAUGCAAUGGGUUUAUAUGGGAAAUCUUUGGAUGAUGUUACCACUUCUUAUAAUGUUAUCGGAAUUGACAGCAACAAUUGCUUUCACAUCUCUCGCUUUAUUUAAUAAUCUUCGACAUGCUCUUGAUGAAAUUCCUGCUACAGUUAUUGCCUUUAUCCAAGAAUCCGAAAUCAAACGAUUAGAUACUCGACCAUCAAGUAUUAAUGAUCCAGAUAUAGGAUUUGUAGAUGCAACAUUUCAAUGGCCAGAUGGAAAUGAUUCAACAGAAGAUUUAUCUUCUCUCUCUUCUUCUUCCACCGAUUCUUCUGCCACUGCUACUGAUAAUAUUAUAACAAAUCCUUUAAAUAAAUUCACAUUAAAAAAUAUCAAUACCGCAUUUCCAAUUGGAGAAUUAUCAUUAAUUUGUGGACCAACGGGUUGUGGUAAAACAAGUUUAUUAAUGGCUUUAUUAGGUGAAAUGGAAUGUGUAAGUGGUCGAACCUUUUUACCUAGGAAUAAUAAUUUUGAAUUUUUAAAAAAUUUGGGAGGUGCUCCUAGUGGAAUUGCUUAUGUUGCUCAAACUGCAUGGAUACAAAAUGCAACAAUUCGAGAUAAUAUACUUUUCGGUCUUCCAUAUAAGGAAGAAAAGCUUAAUAAAGUUAUACAAGCAUGUGACCUUACCAGGGAUUUGGAAAUAUUCGAAUUUGGUGAUAAAACUGAAGUUGGAGAAAAAGGGAUCACACUUUCUGGUGGUCAGAAACAACGUAUAGCUUUAGCUAGAGCUGUUUAUUCUCAAGCUAAUGUUAUUAUUAUGGAUGAUUGUUUAUCUGCCGUCGAUUCACAUACUGCAAAACAUAUUUUUGAACAAUGUUUGAUGGGUGAUUUGAUGAAAAAUAGGACUCGCAUCUUAGUUACUCAUCAUGUAGGACUUUGUUUACGUGGGGCAUCUAAAGUUGUAGUCAUGCGGGAUGGUCAAAUAAUUGGUGAAGGUUCAGCUGAUAAAGUUUUAAAUGAAGAUGGUGAUGAUGUAAUUGAUGUUAAGAAAAAAGUGUGUAAUCAGAAUGAUGGAAAAUUAAUACUUGAUGAAACUAAAGCCGAAGGAACUGUUGAAUGGAAAGUUUAUAAAACUUACUUAAUAGCUUCGGGUGGAUUUAUAUUUUGGAUUGUGUUGAUUAUAAUGUUUAUCCUUAAUGAAGCAUUUCAAGUCGAUUGGUGGAUACGUGAAUGGACUAAAGCAUAUUCUGAUGUUGAUAUUGUUGCGUAUUAUAUGUUUAUGGGUUCUUUGGCUGCCUCUAAAAGUUUGCAUACCGCUAUUUUAGAGAAAAUUCUUUCGGCCAAAAUUAGAUUCUUUGAUACAACCCCCAUAGGGAGAAUUAUGAAUCGAUUUUCAAAAGAUAUGGAAACGAUCGAUCAAAAUUUAUCACCAGUGGCAAUGUUCCUACUUUAUUCAUGUAUCGCUACUGCUUCCGUGAUAUUUGUCAUUUCCGGUGUAAUGCCAAGUUUUUUAAUAGCCGGAGUUUUCAUUGCCGCUUUAUAUGUCGCAAUUGGUGCUUAUUAUAUUGCCACUUCUCGUGAUUUGAAACGGUUGGAAUCUAUUAGUAGAUCACCUAUAUAUGCUGUAUUUGGAGAGACAAUCAUCGGAGUAUCAACAAUUCGAGCAUUUGGGGCCGAAAAAAGGUUAAUGACUAAAAUGUUAAAUUUAGUGAAUGGUAAUAGUCAACCAUUCAUUUUCAAUUGGGCAUGUAAUCGUUGGUUACAUAUUCGAGUUGAUGUGGCAGGUGGACUUGUAAGUUUGGCUACUGGUAUUAUCGUUUUAUAUAGUCUUAAAACUGGAAUGGAUCCGGGUUUGGCUGGUUUCGCUCUUACCUAUGCUAUAAAUUUCACUGCGCAUGUUAUUUGGGUACUUCGAAUGUAUGCUGUACAAGAAAUGAAUAUGAAUUCAGUUGAAAGAGUUCAAGAAUAUUUAGCAUUAGAAGAGGAACCACCAAGAAUUAUUGAUUAUAAUAGACCACCCCCUAAUUGGCCACCAAAAGGAGAAAUUCAUGUGAAGGAUCUUGUAAUGCAAUAUGCUCCCGAUAAUCCCCCUGUAUUAAAAAAUAUUUCAUUUCAUAUUCGUCCUGCUGAAAAAGUUGGAAUUGUUGGAAGAACUGGAUCUGGAAAAUCUACAUUAGCCAUAUCAUUCUUUAGAUUUAUGGAACCAAUUUCUGGUCAAAUUAUUAUUGAUGAUGUAGAUAUUUCUACAAUUGGUCUCUUCGAUUUAAGAAGUAGACUUACUAUAAUACCUCAAGAUCCUGUUCUUUUCACUGGAACUUUAAGGAGUAAUUUAGAUUCAUUUGGAGAAUAUGAUGACGAAGAAUUAUGGAAUGCUUUAAGAAGAGCUCACUUGAUCGAAGGAGAUUCUUUAUUAUUAAAUCAAGAAAAUGGUAAUAAUUUUUCUCAAGGUCAAAGGCAAUUAAUUGCUCUGGCCAGAGCAUUGGUCCGAAAAUCGAAAUUAAUUAUAAUGGAUGAAGCUACGGCAAGUGUAGAUUUUAAGACGGAUCGAAUGAUUCAAGAAACCAUUCGUCAAGAAUUUAGUGAUGCCACUUUAUUAUGUAUUGCUCAUCAUUCAGGGAAAAUAGUUGAAUAUGAUCAUCCAUAUGUACUCUUGCAAAAAGAAGAUUCAGUCUUUAGAGGAAUGUGUGAUCGUAGUGGUGAAUUUGCAGAGUUAUUGGAAAUUUCUUCAAAAAAAUAUCAGAAUGAUAAAAAAUAA